AUGUUGCUCUGGGUGCUGUCCUCGAUCAUUGCUUCUUCUAUGAUCUUCGCUCAGAUGACCUCGGUCUUCUAUCGUCUAGAGAUCAUUGCUUCUGGCGACUGUCCCGCUCUCGGCGAGACCGUCUUCCCUUAUGCCUCAUUCGAGCUCCUUGUCCUCACUGACAAUGGCGAAAGCCUGACAGUCCGCCCCAUGAACAAGAUCAAUGUCGAGGGGAUCAUGUCGACCCAAGUCGUCAGAGAGCCCCUCGGUCGACCGAAGCUGAUCACUAUGAUCUUCAUCGUCACCGGCAGCGGUACAAGCCAGGACUUGUGGGAGGAUGAAGAAGCGCGCCGCUGCUGUCGGCUCGAAGCUCGGGGAAACGUACAGCUCGGCGUCAGGCGAGAAGCCUUGACGGAUGGUGCUCAGCUCAGCAUGACGGUCAUCUGUGGAGGUCGUAAAGCGAGGCAAGACUGCCCGCUGCAGGAGACACGUCAUGGCUUUGCGGGCGCGUCGAUCAAGAUUGCUCUCGCGCCUGUCGAUCCAGUCGAGCUCCCCCAUGUACUGCACUAUCCUAUCAAUUUUCAAGCAUUCGGUCUCUGUCCCAUCUAUACCUUGUCAGGUAGAGACCCGCCAAAAUGGCAGAGCGCUAUUGCGCCAAGGCAAAUCACUGCGACAACGAUCAUCAAGCAGAACGAGGAUGGCGAGCUCUAUACAGCCGUACUCAUCCUCGGAGACUCCGUCGCCGCUGUCGUACGCGUGAGCGGCACGAUAUCUGGACCGACGCUAGAGGAUACCCGAUUGAUCAUCGAAGCUACUUUCCAUGGUGCGAUGAAAGACCAAACGUGGCCAAGUCGCGACGCCUUGUACUGCUGUCAUCCCAUCUUGGCAUCCAAGCUCAUAUUGGGUGCAUACCGACCUUAUUUCGAGGCAACGGCCCAGUACACACGCCUAGACAUGUUUGUCGUUUGUCCGCCGAGUCCGCUAGCGCGAGGAGGACCGGAGUGUGGGGUCAAAUACCUCCAACACGGCGAGUAUGCGUGCACAGAUGUCACCAAGCGAGUUGAACUCGCAGAGGGCUCGGACGAGAUAUAG